ACCACUCACCACAACCCUGGGAUCGUCAACGCGUUCCCUCAGUCAAUCCGCUACACGCGCCACCUCUGCGCGUUCUCCGAUAUCUCUCCUCCCUUAUAGAUCUUGUCGUAUCACAACCAUCGCGCCCAGGAAAGUCAGACGUAUAUACAGGGAAACACUAAUCACAGAGCACUGUUAGCCAUCGUAGUUGUUGUGUGGUGGGGAAGAAUUCGUUCAUAUGGGCGAGUUGACUCAGGCGGAGGUGUACUCGCCGAGGACUCAGCAAGUCUGGAGGGCACUGUUGAGCUGGUUGGCCGCCUUCUUCCAGAUCUUCUUCCAAAUUAUUAGAGCCCUCGGCCACUACCCUUUACUCUCUUUCUCUUCUUCUACUCCUUCCUUUAAGCCUCUGCCCGCCGUUGAGUUGCAGGAAGCUGAUUUGCCCCCUGCCUCCGCCGUUGAUAUCACCGCCGCCGGGUACUCCGGUUUCAACGAUCAGCCUGUCCAAAAACUCACGGUAGUACUUGAUUUGGAUGAAACAUUGGUUUGUGCUUAUGAGACGUCAAGCUUGCCAGCCUCACUUCGUACUCAAGCAAUAGAAGCUGGUUUGAAUUGGUUUGAACUGGAAUGUAUAUCUUCAGACAAGGAAGGAGAUGGAAAACCAAAAGUCAAUUAUGUUACAGUUUUUGAGCGCCCUGGGUUGAAGGAAUUCUUAAAGCAAAUUAGUGAGUUUGCUGAGUUGGUGCUAUUCACUGCUGGUCUUGAAGGUUAUGCCAGACCCCUUGUUGACAGGAUAGACAUGGAAAAUUGGUUUAGUUUACGACUUUAUCGACCCUCAACAACUAGCACGCAAUACAGGGAACACGUGAAAGAUCUCUCUGGAAUAUCGAAGGAUCUAUGCCGAGUGGUUAUUGUUGACAACAAUCCGUUCAGCUUUUUAUUGCAACCACUAAAUGGAAUUCCAUGCAUCCCGUUUUCUGCUGGGCAACCGCAUGAUACUCAGCUUCUAGAUGUCAUUCUUCCUCUUCUCAAGCACCUCUCUGAGCAGAAGGAUGUAAGACCUGUGCUCUACGAUAAGUAUCACAUGCCCGAGUGGUUUCAAAAGCAAGGGAUUCCCGCUUCCUGUUGGACAUUGUAGGGUUAACAUUUUUUGGAAUCAAACUCUGCUGCUUUUUGUACAAUUUUUUGUUUUAUUGCUGGAAGAAUCGUUGCAGUAGAAGAAAUAGACGUUUUGUAUAGCACCCAUUUGUUUCUGGGAGAACCAGAGGUCUCAAACGCUGCUUCUUGUAGUAAAAGCCGUUCGCCAUUUAUGUAUCUACGUCUCUAGAAGUUUGAUUUUUAUGUUAAAUGUGUUUAUAGGCUUGCAAUCUGCAGUAAUGUAAUGAAUUUGCCGGUCUCUUGUACAACUGCUUAUUUAUAAUUAUUGGCAGUUAAAGCAUUCACAACAUUGCAUUGUUGAACAGUAACAAUUGUUUUUAUUGUAAUGCGGCAGGCUAACUAAACAAUUUUUUCGGA